CAGAGAAAUCAGGAGCUAUGAAGCUGCUACCAGAAAAUAUCAAGGUGCUUUAUUUUGCCAGUGACAGUGUGGAGCCGUAUGUUCAGAUUAUCACAGUGAAGGACUUCAAGCGCCGCCUGAGUUUGUGUAACUCGGAGGACUCUGAGGCAGACGAGCCUGAGUUCCAGGAGGAAGGUGACGAUGUUCUCCCUGUCCUGGACAACCAAAGCCAGCUACUGGAUGACUACCACCUUAAGAGACUUGUUGCUCACAUGCCAGCAAGGACCCAGGGCUAUACAUGGCGACUGGUCUACAGCACAGCCAUCCACGGGAGCAGCCUGAAGACUCUGUACAGGAAUAUGGCUGACCUAGACAGCCCUGUGCUGCUGGUCAUCAAAGACAUGCACAAAAAGGUGUUUGGGGCUUUUUCUUCAGAUCCAUUCAGAGUCAGUAAAUACUGCUAUGGCACAGGAGAAACCUUUCUGUACAGCUUCAACCAUGACUUCCAGGCAUACAGGUGGAGCGGCGAGAACUCCUACUUUGUGAGCGGCAACUGGAAAUCUCUGCAGAUUGGUGGAGGAGGGGCCGGAUUUGGACUAUGGCUGGAUUCUGACCUGUACCGUGGUUCAAGCUUUUCCUGUCCUACCUUCCACAACAAGUCCCUCACCACACAGGAAGACUUCAUUGUACAAGAGCUCGAGGUCUGGACUGUGCAGAACUGAGGGAGAACAUCUGAAAAGAAGAGAUAAAAGCAAAGUAGAACCCACUAUCCUGUCUGGAGUUAAAGGACUUCAACAAGUAUGUGUGGUUAAGCCACUACUGUUCAAAAUCUGAUAGAGCAGUUGCUACUGUCUGUGCAAGUGGCUCGGAUUAGAUCCACAUACAGGAUGAAACCUGUACUCGUUGUUCUUGGGCUGGACUUUGUGUUUAUGCUGGUUUGGUCUGGGCCUAUUAAAGACAAGUGGCUAGAUGAAAUCCUGUGAUUCAGGGUCCUGCUGCUUUAAACCACCGGCUAUUCCUCAGUAGCCCCAUGCUAAGCCCAGUAAGUAACUGGCAUAUGAAUCUUUAAACCCUUCAUCCCUGGAUUGUGGAGAGCAUUAUAAUACAAAGUCCACAGUACCACUGUUGGUUAAAAAGUUUAUAACAACUGUAAGCACAUUCAGGAUUUAAGGAAUUGUAUUUAUCUUCUGUCUAACAACCGUGUGUGAUUGUGAAAUUUUAAAAUGUAAAAUUUACGGUAUGUAUCUGUGUGUGUGUGUACAUGUGCAUGUGCUCUAUUUGCAUUCAUGGCUCCAAGGUUUAUGAAACACACAUUAAGGGCCAUAUAAAUCUUUAAGAAAAAAAGGUAAAUAAUUUAUGUAAACUUAUGGUAAAAACACUGUAACAUGAUAGGACCCACAAAAGGACUAUCUGCACUCUAACUGUAAUUUUGAAUGUUUUCUGAUACGAGUUCUGGUUUUAAUGUUCUCCUUUUGAAAACUGCAGCUGUAGAUGAAGAACUAUCCACUCACGAUCCGUAAUAAAAGUACAGAGUUGCACUAUAAAUAAUUUAUUAUCUGCAAUGUGUACAAUUUGCAGAGGAAGGGAUUUCCAACUGUAAACUGUCACGUCUGUUUUUUUGAAAGUGACACACCUGCUUGCCUAUUUGCAUAAAUGGGCAAUAUUUUAAGGAAAUAUUUUUACAACUUUUUACUAUUUAUAUAUAUAAAUGUAUUUUGAAGUAAAUAUAAACAUGAAAGCUAAAGAAAAUGAAACGUUGUCCUGUUUGUUUUACUUUUCUCUAUGUGUGUGUGUGUAAUCAGAGUCUGCCAGGUGGUGCUGGCACUGCCAAUGUUGUUUUGUGAAACCGCAUAGCGUUUAUAUUUUAUUAUGAAUAAACCCCUUUUAACAAUA